AUGGCCCUCAGACACUCCCGACCGCCCCCGGGUUUAGACUGUGAUCCCUACGACAGGCCUGAGAUGUACCUCCACGACUCGGUAUGCUCAGAUGUUGAUGCUGUUUAUUUGACUUUAGGAGACGAAUCAUCGCUCCCAGAUCCGCAGAGCCAUGAGGAGGUGGAGGUUGGUGAAGAAGCGGAGGAGCAGAAGCUCGGACAGAACUCAGGUGUCGAGGCAGCUGAGAGUCUACCGUGGAACCUCUCUAAUAAAGGGGCGGAGCCAAAAACAACAUCAAAGGCGAACCAAGAAGAGCCAAAGGACCAAAUACCAAGCAAAGGACUCAACUCGUCCAAAAGCAGCAACCUGAAGAGGAUCAUCACCAAGAGGCUGAGCGCCGCCACCACAGAGGUUCUGGAGGUGGUGCAGAGGACCGUAGCUGACUUGGAGGAGGAGGCUUCAGGGUUCAGGCAGGAGAUCGAGCGUCAGAGGAAGCAGCUGGAGGCCCUGCAGCCUCAGGCCAAGGAGCAGAAAGCAGAUCUGCAAAGCUCUGAGGUGGUGGAGGAAGAGCAGCUCAGGAAGAACACAGGUGUGGAUGAAUCCAACAUCCAUUGUGUGCCUCUGAACGAUGACGAUGCUGCUGAUGAUGAGGAUGGAGACGAUGAUAAACAGCCACCAAAAGCCUCCAGACUGAAACAGGAAGAGCUGACGGACCCAGACUUUGAAUUACCUUCAAGGUCGGUUCCCUUAAAGGCCCAAUCUGCAGGGAGAAGAUCCAGCAGAACCAGGACCAGUAACCCUCCAAACAAUCUGACUCUCAGGAUCCGAAUCCUGGAGGACUCUGAGACCAAGGUUCUCUCUCGGACCGUGUUUCAGAAAAGUUGCGUCUCGGACCUGGAGUGUCCUCGUGGGCUGCAGGAGUUGGACUUCAUGAACCUGCUGAGGUCCACCUUCCCUCAGCUGGGUGCUGGUCAGCCCUUUGACAUCUUCAUAGCUGCUAAAAACAGACAGCUGCUGCCUCUGUCGGUGAAAACUCUGACCCCAGAGGAGAUCUGCUCCAGCCACAGGUCCAGUGGAAACCCGACGCUCUACAUCCGUCUGAAGAAAAUGGACGACGGUCCUUCAGUCAACCCUGUGGUCAUGACGGGCGACGACACCAGGGUCCAAGAAAGCCCUAUUGAAAGUAUGGACGUAAUGGAGGCGGGCGAAAACAGCGCAGACCCUGAUAAUGAAGCUGAAGAUGACAACUGGAACCCUGAGCCUAAACCUCAGACUCCCAGGAAAAGAGGAAAAAAGAAGAAGGAGAACAGUGUAAAGAAAAGGACCGUGGAAAGUAAAAUAUCUUGUAAAGUGUGCGGAGCGUGGUACAGACAGAUAGGGAGCUUGAUCAGCCACGUCUGGAAUCACGCCAGCGAUCCUCAGGCCGUCUGUGGCGCCUGUGGAGAGAAGUUUGCGUCUGUGGACGAGUUGAAAGAACACCUUAGAAAUCACCAAAACGUCCACAGCUGUCAACACUGUGGGAAGACGUUUGUCUCCAUCCAGAGCCUCAACCUCCACAUUGCCAAGCACACAGGGGAGAGUCCGUUUAAAUGCAAAGUUUGCAGUAAAACCUUCACAAAUUUGGCUUCGCUGAAUUAUCACAAAUGGCUUCAUGUGGAAAAUAAACCCUACAAGUGCGAUAUCUGCCUCAAAACAUUCGGUUUGGAAUCGCAUCUCUUGUCCCACAAAAAGCUGCACACUAACAAGGAAAAACACGUGUGCGACGUCUGUAACAGGUCCUUCCGCCUUCGCCGAGCUAUGACCCAGCACAGGCUGACCCACUCUGAAGAUAAGCAGUACGCCUGUGAGAUCUGCGGGAAGCGCUUUAAACUCGAGGGUUCAUUGAAGGUGCACAGCAAGACCCACCAGGAGAGGGAUCGGACGUUCCUUUGCCACAUCUGCUGCAGAACGUUCCUCUGGAAAGGAACGCUGAUGGUUCACCUCAGAACUCACGGCAAUGUGAGGCCCUUCGUCUGCGCCGUCUGUAGCAAGGGCUUCUGGGUCAAAUGCGACCUGAAAAAACACAUGAGGAUUCACUCUGACGAUGCUCCGUAUGAGUGCCAAGAGUGCGGCCGCCGUUUCAAACAGAAGGCCAACCUGGACAGCCACAUCAAGAUCCACCGAGGCAUCAAACAGUUUGUCUGUGAGGUCUGUGGGAAAGAGUGCUCCAGAAGGGAACACCUGAAAGUCCACAUGAGGACCCACAACGGACUCAAACCCUACAGGUGCAAUGUCUGUGAUAAAGCCUUCACCCAAAGCCACUGUCUAAAAACUCACAUGAAAACUCACCAAACCGAGGACAAUCGCGUCUUUUAUUCAUCUCAGAGUCACCAAAUGGAAGACAACCCCGUCCCGGAUCCCUCUCAGAGUGACCCGAUUCAGGAAAACCCUGUCCCAGAUUCAUCUCAGAGUCGCAAAAUGGAAGCAAACCCUGCUCUGGUUCCCUCUCAGAUUCAGGAAAACCUUGUCCUGGAUCCCUCUCAGAGUCCCCGCAUGGAAGGGAACCCUGUCCUAGAUCCAUCUCAGAGUAACCAAAUGAAAGAAAAUCCUGUCCUGGAUCCCUCCAGGAGUCACCAAAUGGAGGAAAAUCCUGUCGGGAAUCCCUCGCAGAGUCACCAGAUGGAGGGAAACCCUGCCCUGAAUCCAUCAGAUCCUUGAACACUAGUUACGUCACAAUGAAAAACGGAAAUAGACUUUACUAUGCUUUAUACCUAAAGUUCCCUUAACUUUGUGUUGAUCAAUUCAAAAUGUUUAAAUGUGAUGGUUCUCCAAUAAUGUCAAAUUAGAAGGGAAAAAAUUAAUUAAUUAAACACAAUCCUUGAGCACU